AUGUUGUUGAAUAAAAUCAGAGUAGUCGGUAAAGUUUUGCCGCGAGAAAUUAAAGAAAAAAGUUUGACCAAAGAGUUGUUAGUCUAUUUUAGUUUGCUAGUCAUUAAUCCUAAUGAAGUCCAAACGGUAUUACGGUGCCAUGCCAAUGGAAAAACGGCUCUGACUUUACAAGCAGAAGUUUCUGAUGAGGAGAUAAUAGAAGUAAGAGGCUACUUACGGAACGAAAAAGAAGGACGACAAAUAAUAAUUCAAGUGGUUGAUUUUAGCAAAUUGUCUGGGGUUCCCGACAAGGCAAUUAACCAGGUCCGAUUAUUGGGAAGAAUAAUUAAUAAUUGUGAAGUGGUUAGUAGGGAAAAGGAUGUUUUUUCCUUUAAGAUAGAAGUUCCAACCAAGGAGAAUCCUCUCAAUACAUUUUUUUGUCGUAUUCAAGGUGAAUUAUUUUUCGAAGUCAUUGAUAAAUGA